GGUGGAUUCCAGCAGCCGGCUGAGGACGACGGUACGUCUCACUGGUCCUCCUCCAGUAAACUGACCCGGUCUCCAGUCAAAAUCAGCCAGAAACCCAAGAACAUGCAGUGCAAGGUGGCGCUUCUGGACGGCUCCGACUACACCUGCGUGGUGGAGAAGCGUGAUAAAGGACAGGUUCUGUUCGACAAAGUCUGCGAGCAUCUCAAUCUUCUGGAGAAAGAUUACUUUGCUGUCACAUUCCGUGACGUGGAGAAUCAGAAGAACUGGCUGGACCCUUCCAAAGACUUGAAGAAGCAGAUCAGAGGCGUCGCCUGGAAUUUCUCAUUCAACGUGAAGUUUUACCCUCCGGAGCCGGCGCUGCUGUCUGAAGACAUCACCAGAUAUUAUCUGUGUUUACAGCUGCGGGAUGAUAUCGUAUCGGGUCGUUUGCCGUGUUCGUUCGCCACACACACGGUUCUGGGUUCGUAUACGGUUCAGUCGGAGCUGGGCGAUUAUGACCCGGACGAGUACGGCUCCGACUACGUCAGCGAGCUUCGUUUCGCGCCUCAUCAGACCAAAGAGAUGGAGGAGAAAAUCAUGGACCUGCACAAGAACUACAAAGGAAUGACGCCGGCUGAAGCUGAGAUGCAUUUUCUGGAGAAUGUAAAGAAACUGUCUAUGUAUGGAGUCGAUCUUCAUCAUGCAAAGGAUUCAGAGGGGGUGGAGAUCAUGUUGGGCGUGUGUUCCUCCGGGCUCCUCAUCUACCGCGACAGACUUCGCAUCAACCGCUUCGCCUGGCCCAAAGUCCUCAAGAUCUCCUACAAACGCAAUAACUUCUACAUCAAGAUCCGUCCAGGCGAGUAUGAGCAGUUUGAAAGCACGAUAGGCUUUAAACUACCCAACCACAGAGCGGCCAAGAGGCUGUGGAAGGUUUGUGUGGAGCAUCACACGUUCUUCAGGUUGGUUUCUCCAGAGACUCCGCCUAAGAAGUUCCUCACACUGGGUUCUAAGUUCCGCUACAGUGGCAGAACACAGGCUCAGACCCGACGGGCCAGUUCUCAGAUCGUCCGUCCGGCGCCGUACUUCGAGCGUUCGACCAGCAAGCGCUACACGAUGUCACGGAGUCUGGAUGGAGAAAUGGGUACGGCCUUGUACGGAACGGCCAAAGGCAUUGCCAUGAGUGACCUCAUCACCACGGUAACGCCGGAGAAGAAAGUCGAGGAGACGCGCGAGGAGGAGCGUGAGGAGACUCAAUCGGUGCUGGUGGAGAGUGUGUCGGUGCUGGAGGAAGAGGACGAGAUAACGAAAGCCACGGAACCGUCGCUGCCGAGCCCACUGACACCGGCCCGACAGGACACACGGACUGAUCUCACAGACACUGCUAUCGAUGGAGAUUUAACGGCCACCGAGUCGGAUCAGGAGGACGAAUCUGAAGCAAAGACGCAGGAGAUCGAGCAAACGCCAGACGAGCUGCUGAAGCAUCAGACCAACAUCAGCGAGCUGAAGCGCACGUUCCUGGAGGGAGGACCGGAGCGCACGGGGCUGACCGAGUGGGAGAAGCGUCUGUCCUCGUCUCCGCUGCGGUCUCCACGUCUGGACGAAGCACCCAUGAUCGAGCCGCUGGAGCCGGACGAGCUCAAACAGGAAGCAGCGGUGGAGAUACAGGAAGUGGCCGCAGCAGCUCUGGAGCCGCAGAAAGAGAAGGUUGAUGUGGAGUCUGAUGGGUGGGUCAUUAUAAAGGUUCCUCCGUUUGAGGAGGUUCAUCCGUUUGAACCAGAUAAACGUCCUCCAGUCGAAGCAGAAACGCUUUCUCGUAAGAUACCAGAGAAGGUUUCCACCGUAGUACAAGAACAACGUCCUCCAGUUGAGCCAGAAAAACCCUCGUCCGCCAAAUCUGAAGAGCUUCCUCCAGAGAAAACUCCUUCUAAGCUUCCAGAAAAGGUUUCUACCAUAGUACAGGAGACAUUUCCUCCAGAAAAAACUUAUUUGUUUGUAUCUGAAUGGGAUUCUCCAAGGAAAACUCCUAAGAUUCCAGAAAAGGUUCCUCCAGAAAAACCCCUGUCCAUUGUAUCUGAAGAGGAUUCUCCAAGGAAAACUCCUUCUAAGAUUCCAGAAAAGUUUCCUGCAGAAAAACCCUUGUCCAUUGUAUCUGAAGAGGAUUCUCCAAGGAAAACUCCUUCUAAGAUUCCAGAAAAGGUUCCUCCAGAAAAACCCUUGUCCAUUGUAUCUGAAGAGGAUUCUCCAAGGAAAACUCCUUCUAAGAUUCCAGAAAAGUUUCCUCCUGAAAAACCCUUGUGCAUUUUAUCUGAAUGGGAUUCUCCAAGGAAAACUCCUUCUAAGAUUCCAGAAAGGGUUCCUCCAGAAAAACCCUUGUCCAUUGUAUCUGAAGAGGAUUCUCCAAGGAAAACUCCUUCUAAGAUUCGAGAAAGGUUUCCUCCAGAAAAACCCUUGUCCAUUGUAUCUGAAGAGGAUUCUCCAAGGAAAACUCCUUCUAAGAUUCGAGAAAGGUUUCCUCCAGAAAAACCCUUGUCCAUUGUAUCUGAAGAGGAUUCUCCAAGGAAAACUCCUUCUAAGAUUCGAGAAAGGUUUCCUCCAGAAAAACCCUUGUCCAUUGUAUCUGAAGAGGAUUCUCCAAGGAAAACUCCUUCUAAGAUUCGAGAAAGGUUUCCUCCAGAAAAACCCUUGUCCAUUGUAUCUGAAGAGGAUUCUCCAAGGAAAACUCCUUCUAAGAUUCGAGAAAGGUUUCCUCCAGAAAAACCCUUGUCCAUUGUAUCUGAAGAGGAUUCUCCAAGGAAAACUCCUUCUAAGAUUCCAGAAAAGGUUCCUCCAGAAAAAACCCUGUCCAUUGUAUCUGAAUGGGAUUUUCCAAGGAAAACUCCUUCUAAGAUACCAGUAAAGGUUUCUACCAUAGUACAAGAAACUUUUCCUCCAGAAAAACCUUCUUUGAUUGUAUCUGAAGAGUUUUCUCCUAAGAAGACUCCUCUGAAGAUACCAGAAAAGUUUCCUCCAGUGGAACCAAAGAAACCAUCAUCCAUCGUAUCUGAAGAGGUUUCUCCAAAGAGAAUUCCUCCGAAGGUGCCAGAAAAGGUUUCUACGGUGGUCCAAGGAAAGGUUGAACCCAUAAAGGUUCCUUCUGUUGGUUAUUCAGAGCAUGUUCCUCCUAAAGUACCACCAAAAGUCCCCCCGAAGGUUCCAGAGAAGAAACGCAUCGCCAGCUACAGAUUCACAUCCGCCUCGAGCACGGUGUCGUCCGGUGAACCUCCAAAAGAUCAACUCACCGGAUCUCUAGAGGGUUUCUCCGUUGUGUCUGAGCAGAUCAGUAAGAUGCGUCUCCGCUCUCCUGUGGAUCUCAGCAGAACGUCUCCGACGGCUCGAGUGCCUAAGCCCAGUUUUGAUGAGAUGUCUCCUGAGCUCACAGCACUCUUGCAGUCCACUCACAGCUGGACUCCGUCUGCGUCUGCGUCUGCGUCUGCGUCUGCGUCUCCUGCUCCGAUCACGCAGACGAUCGCAUUACACAAGCCAUCAGAGAGUCCAGAGAGUCAUCCGGCUGAAGAAGAGGAUCAGCAGCCGCCGGCAGAGGAACUUCAGCCUCAGUCAGGUGUGGUGAGUUUCUCCAGGACUCUGUCAGGAGACACGGACACACAGAUCCACACGGAGAUGAAGACCAUCACAUACGAGUCCCUGCAGGGCGAGACAGAUGGAGACGCUGAUCCUGGCAUUCUGCUGAGCGCUCAGACCAUCACAUCAGAAACCACCAGCACCAGCACCACCACACACAUCACCAAGACGGUGAAGGGCGGCAUCUCAGAAACACGGAUUGAGAAGAGAAUCGUGAUCUCAGGAGAUGCAGACAUCGAUCAUGACGAGGCUCUGGCUCAGGCCAUUAAAGAGGCUAAAGAACAACACCCCGACAUGUCAGUGACCAAAGUGGUGGUGCAUAAAGAGACGGAGAUCACGCCGGAGGAGUGAUGCAGGAUUAACAUCAUCUUCAUGCCUGCUGGAGGAACUCAUGUGCUCACGCUGUGGAAAAUGAAGGAUGCUUCAGAGAAAUCAACACGGGAACAGCAGCAUAAGCGAAUGAAUUGCAGCAAACGCCAUCUGAACACGUCUGGAGUAACGCACACACACACGCUUACAGGCGCCGCACUGGAUCACUGUUACUGCAUGACAAGGGAACAAUUCUGCUUUUUGUGAGGAGACUACAGUAUAUAGACAUUUUAGUAAAUACUUUGAGCGCAGUGUAUAGUCAAACCACAAGCUCAUCAUAAAGGGACUGAAGAAUAUGUGUGAGAGGAAAUAUAACGGUUACAGAUAUCUACAUUUAUUUAUUCUACUGAAUACUGCUCACUUUAAAAGGACAAACUUUGCACAAUAUUUAACCGCGCAAAAAUGUGCCAUCCGCACUCCGUCGGCUCAUCUCUGAUCUGCUCCCGUCAUUAUGAGAAUAUGAAUAUGCCACACAUGUAUGUUAGAGACGUGUUAUGUUGUUUUUACUUGUUAUACACCUGUUUUUGUUUCUUUUUGAAAGCUGUCGCUUGUGAACGUUGAGUUUAGAGGAAUGAAUCUCUCCGAGAGCUGUUGUAGUGACGACCUGAAAUAUCAAUCCCAGAGUUCUCCCUGCCCUGAGUGCCACAUCCGAGCCUUAAACUACAGACGAAGCCCAUGUGUGUUUAUGUCCUUGUUUGUUUUC